GCAGGACAGGGUUAGGCUGUACACAGCACAUCCGCCGAGGCAAUGGAGGGACCGGCGCUGUGUGUCCUGGGUGCAGCACUGCUGUUCCUGAUGUGGAUGUUUGUCAUCCAUCUUCCAGGGAAACGUUACAGACAGACCAAUACGGAUGGCAGUACCAACAGCCAGACUAAAGCUCUCGUGCCCAAACCUCGGCACUUCCUCUCAUCGCUGUUCCCUCACUCUGUCUCUCCCUGUCUCCCUGGACCUCCUCCUCUCCCCCUCCUGGGAAACAUACAUGAGCUGACCCGAGACCACCUCCCCCUGCACCUGACAGCACUGGCACGUCGCUAUGGAAACAUCUACCGCCUCUACUGUGGCAACACCACCAUGGUGAUUCUGAACAGUAGUGAGAUCAUUCGUGAAGCCCUGGUCAAAAAGUGGUCAGACUUUGCAGGAAGACCCCAUUCAUACACUGGUGAUAAAGUGUCGGGUGGGGGCCAGUCCAUCUCUCUGGGUGACUACAGUGAGGAGUGGAAGACCCAUCGGCGCCUGGCUCAUAGUGCUUUGCAGCGCUGUACUGCUGACUCCCUGCAUUCUAUUAUAGAAAAGCAAGCACUUCAUCUCAAGCAGGUGUUGCUGGACUACAACGAGAAAGCAGUGGACCUGUCAGAAGACUUUACCGUAGCAGCAAGUAACGUCAUCACCACACUGACCUUCGGAAAAUCCUACAACAAAAGUUCAGUGGAGCUACAGGAACUGCAUGGCUGUCUGAAUGAGAUCGUAGCUCUGUGGGGUUCACCCUGGAUCACGGCCCUUGACUCUUUUCCUCUGCUCAGGUGGUUGCCAAAUCCUCCCUUUUCCCGUCUCAUGAAAGAGGUGGCUAGACGGAAUGAACUCAUCAGAACCCACCUGGAGGAGUUUAAGCAGAAAACAGGUGGUAAAGAAGAGGGAACUCUCGCAGCUUCACUUCUACGGUGCCUCGAAUCUCCAGAUGGAACGGCACAGAAGAUGACUCUGACAGCCAUCCGUAUGCACAUGACUAUAGUGGACCUGCUCAUAGGAGGAACAGAGACUGCUGCAGCCUGGCUCAGCUGGGCCAUCGCAUUCCUCCUGCACAGGCCAGAGGUGCAGGCUGCGGUGCAUGAGGAGCUGAGGACCGUGCUGCAGGGGCAGGACCCGCGCUACAGUGACAGGCACAGGCUGCCCUAUCUGUGUGCCGUGAUCAACGAGGUGCUGAGACUGAGGCCUGUCGCUCCGCUAGCCGUGCCGCACAAGGCCAGCCGGGACAGCAGAAUUGCAGGAUAUUUCAUCCCCAAGGACACAGUGAUUAUCCCCAAUUUAUUUGGAGCCCAUCAUGAUCCAGAGGUUUGGAGUGACCCAUACAGCUUCAGACCAGAGCGCUUUCUGGAUAGAGGCGGUGGUUCCCUCCGGGCCCUCAUGCCUUUCGGAGGGGGUGCACGGCUAUGUCUCGGGGAGUCUGUGGCCAAAAUGGAGCUCUUCUUGUUCACUGCCUACCUGCUACGAGACUUCCAGUUCAUGCCAGCCAGCCAAGAAGAGCCACUCCCUGACCUGCGUGGGGUGGCCAGCGUAGUCCUAAAGGCCCGGCCUUACAGAGUCAUAGCCCGUCCUAGAGCCAAAUAAAUGACCAUAGUCAAUAGUGGUUAUAAUGAACUCAGAUGUAUUGGUCUGUGGCUGUUGCUACUUGUCAUAUCCCAAAUGAGCAUAGAAAGGAUUUUUCAGCCUUUGAUCUGCGGUACACAUAUCCAUACAUGAACUCCCAACCCAGCCUUCUUUGGAAAGGAAAGUGUUUUAGAACUGAAUAGCUGAACAAUUUUAACUGCGUAAGAGCUGAGCCAUUUAAAUUGAAAUCAGACUUGUGCUUUUUCUUGCAAUGAUUAAGGUAUAACUGUGCCAAAGGUUUGCUAUAGUGACCACAAAGAAGGAAAAAAAACUGUUAUAUGUAUGAAAUGUGUAUGUGUAUGAUAUGUUGCUCAUUAAAUAUACACACGUUA